UAGCUCUACUAUUUCUAUGGUGAACUCAAUGAAAGAACUUGAAACUUCUGGGACAGAGAAAUACACCGAAUCCUUUCUGCUGUUGGAGAUGCUUCCUUUAAUAGUUUUUGUUGUUCCUUGCUUCGUGUUAUGGUGGUUGAAGAAAACAAUUUUCAAGCCACGUAAAGUUUUCGAUGUUAAAGACAAAGUUGUCCUUAUAACUGGUGCUUCCUCAGGUCUGGGAAAAGCAUGUGCAUACAGAUUUGCUGAAGCUGGUGCAAAGCUGAUAUUAUCAGCAAGAAAUGUGGAGAAGCUCGAGGAAGUGAAAGACAGCAUCAUUAAAAGAUACAGCCUGGAUUCUGCACUUGGGCCAAAGGUUAUACCAAUUGAUCUGAGCGAUUGUGAAAGCAUAACAAAAGCUGCGGAACUGGCUCUCAUGGCAUAUGGCCAUAUUGAUAUUCUUAUCAAUAAUGCUGGGAUAAGUUGCAGAGGCAGCAUAGUUCAAACUAAAAUGGAAGUGCAUAGGCAGCUGAUGAAUGUUAACUAUUUUGGACCAUUGCUUCUUACCAAAUCUUUGCUACCGUCAAUGAUUGAAAGAAAAGAAGGUCACAUUGUUGGAAUAAGCACGGUUCAAGGAAAAAUAGCAAUUCCAUUCAGGUCACCAUACACUGCAAGCAAGCAUGCAUUCGAUGCUUUCUUCACCUGUCUCAGAUCCGAAGUUGCCAGCUCAAAUAUCAAUGUUACUUUAAUCAGCCCUGGGUACAUUCGUACGAAUUUGUCCAUUAACGCACGGACAUCGGAUGGAACACAAUAUGGAUCUCUCGAUCCAACAACUGCCGCUGGGAUGGAGCCAGGCCACGUUGCUGAGGAAAUAUUGAGCGCAGUGGAAUGUUUACAGGAAGACGUGGUCAUUGCUGACAUGAAAGCAAAUCUUGCUAUCCUUUUGAAAACGCUUUGGCCAUCGUUGCUAAGCAGAGUGAUGAAAAAGAGAGCUCAAAAAGAGGAACAAAGUGAACUAGUCGUUACAAAGAAUAAAACUGAUUGAAACGUACGCUGAUUAUUGUAGAAAUAUUCACCUGUCGGGAAGGGGGGGGGGGGUUGUAUUUUAGGCAGAGCCCACAAGAGUAGCGUCCUUUCUGCGUUGAAAUUCUUGAGCUCUGAAAUUCUCUCUUUCUCAGAAAAACAAUGAAAACAUGGUAGGGUUUUGCUGUUGACAAUUUUUCUUUCCUGCCUUACAUUCGUUAGCCUGCGUGCAGACUUUGAC